UUCCCGGAAACAAUGCCGGGAUUUCCGGGAAUUCCCGGCCCCGGGAUACCGCCUCCGUAUUCAAUUGGUUCCCAUCCCUAUCACGACAGACCGCGGCCUAAUUAUGAUAGAGGUGACCCACCAGACCUGUUGCACCCGGUGCAGUAUGCUGGCAAGGCGCAGGAUCUACAGGUCUACCCGCUACCACUAGAGGAGUCAGACCACGAGCUAAAACUAAACGUUACGUGGAGCCCGUCAUUAGGACCACCAGCGAGAGAUUUUUCAUUGGAGGUCAGAAGCGUCACAAACACCAUUGACUGUAAAACUCCAAUGUGCUACGAAUAUAACAUUCCUGGGGAUGCAACGUGGUGGAUAGUGCCUGCGUUCACGAACCACGUGGCUGAAACCUGCGCUGUGCGACCUGGGUGUGCGUAUAAAGUACUCGUCACAGCACAUCCAUGGGAUGGGCGCACCAUCGCAGAAAAACUUAUAGAAUUAGAUGAAUGUGAAGUUGGUAUAUGUUCGUGUGCUCAUUCAUCCCGCCUCCCUGCGCCGGUUGUGACCGCUCAGACCACGACACAUGAUGGAGAGCUCGUCGCCAACAUCAGCUGGACCCUGCCACAACCACGAUACCCACAACGUCUCCCACGUGGGUUGCAGAAGAAGACUUAUUUUGUAAGUAUAGGUAAGCAAAUGGUAUCAGAUGCUCACCCAUCGCCAUGGUUUGCAAAUGCCAUUACACGAAGAGUUGACGCUAGCGGAGCUGUAGCGGUUGGUGAUACCUCGCGGUGGCUUCUGUUGCACAUUAACGAACGGAGCGGAGAGCAAAAUGAACAAACUAGAGUGUCAGAUGUCAAGUUACUGGCGCGAGUCAACUUGAUAGAUGAACGAGGAUGUAUUGGGCCUGCUGGCAACGCUACCGCUUAUGAUCCAGACGAAGUCAACAAGGUUUCCUAUGAAACCUAUGCUGUAUGGGCUCUAUUAGGCGGGCUCUGUGUUCUAGUAAUGGUUACAAUACUAGCAGCCAGCGCUCGAGUUGUAAAACGAAUACUGAACGCCUUACGUCCUCCGCCCGCGUCCGCUCCGCUUGAGCCACUGUGUCGCCGCGCUGCUUGGUUACCUCUACGGCUACGUUCGAACAAUGACCUGCCUAGAGCACAAUUUGAACAGAGCCCGUUGUAUAUUCACAAAGAUUUUGAGCAAUAUGAAGAAAUGGAAGGUGCUGACGAAUGGGAAGUGAGCUGGUCACGAGUGCAUCUCGGUUCAAUGAUUGGCAGCGGUGCAUUUGGCAGGGUCCAUGUAGCACAAUUGGACACACCAAAGGGAGAAACAGUCACUGUGGCCGCUAAAAUGUUGUCAGAAAACGCAUCAGAAGAAGAGAUGCAAGAUUUUCUCCGAGAGAUCGACAUGUUGAAACAUGUUGGAUCUCACAAACACGUCAUCAGGCUGAUCGGCUGCUGUACCAAGCGCGCGCCGCUCAUAGCCUUACUGGAACACGCUCCUAGAGGCGAUCUGCUAUCACUACUGAGGGCAGCUAGGGGUAAACGGAAGACGGACCAGUGCUGCGACUCUAACGCUACCAGGAGAGUCGACAGUGACUCCACUGUACCACAUCUGUCUGAGAAUGACUCUGAGUACACAAAUAUCAGCGACUCGGACCCAACUCUCAGUGAAACCAAGUUGUACGAUAAUGAGAAACCGAAGACUAAAGACCACUAUGUGGCCGAGCCAGCGCUCCACCUGGACAGCAGCACCAUGAGGGAGUACGCUUUGCAGGUGGCGCUGGGCAUGAGGCAUUUAGAAGAGAGAGGAAUUACCCACAGAGACCUCGCGGCUCGCAAUAUCCUUGUGGACGCCGCCGGUGUCUUGAAGGUGGCUGAUUUCGGCCUCUCCAGAACAGGAGUGUAUGUACAUACAAGAUCAAACCCUGUACCACUGAGGUGGUUGGCGCCUGAAGCUAUACUACACUCGCAGUACUGCAGCGCUAGUGAUGUUUGGGCAUUCGCUGUGUUACUGUGGGAAAUAGCUACUUUAGGUGGCUUCCCAUAUGGUGAACUCAGUAAUCACCAAAUACCAGCGUUCCUGGCGAGCGGGAGCCGCCUACAAAAGCCCGCAAGGGCAUCUCCCAGACUCUACCAACUAAUGGUGGAAUGUUGGUCGGACGAGCCCAACAGCCGGCCAACAUUUGCUCAAAUAGUGGAUAAACUUACCGCCCAGCGGCAAUUGUACGUGGAUCUGGACUGCAUUCUCCCCCCUUUGCAUGAUGAAGUCAUGUACACCGAAUACAACUUCAGCUCAGCAGAAGAAUCACGAUGAUGUUAAGACUGAAUAUUUUUAUUGUUGUUAUUAUUCUCUAUUCA